AUGUUAUUUCGUGUGUGGAUUCUAUUCUUACUACUACUAGUUAAUACAUCCUUAGCAGAUCAUUAUAAAGGUGGUACUCUAUCAUGGAAACCAACAAAUCCAUAUUCUUUAACGAGUCCUGUUGAAAUUACAAUAACAGAACGACAUUCAUGGACACUCACUAGAUAUCAAUGUAAUAAUAAUAUUAUUAAUACAUUAGGUACUUACAAUGAUACACAAAAUGCAACAACAGCUACAAUUAUUUGUAUAAG